GUAGAAAAAGUUAUGCGACUUCCAAUUAGUCUGGUUCUGAUAGCAGUUACACAACUUAAGCCGAUGCUUCUCAUGAAAGGUCAUGAAAUUUUGCAAGAUAAUGAUGUAGAAUUCUGGAUUGAAGUAGAACUUCAUACUGUCCACUGGAAGCCAUCAUGUUUAACUACUGGUGGAUGUGCUCAUCCACGCUUCAGAAUUUCAAAAUUUAACAAAGUUAACAAUGAAAUCAUUUCUGUUAGCUGGAGUAUUACUGAAAAUUUUGUUGAGAAACAUUCCCGAAAGUUUAUCACCCAUUGGGUGAAUGGAAAACCUCAUGAAAUUACAAUGCAUUGCGAAGUUAUUGGUAUGGAUCCCUUGUAUGGAUUCCUACGAACAUGUGAUACAACUCAAACAACUGAAAUUUUCAGUGAGGAGGAAAAUAAUGAGGAAGUCGACAGUUUUCGAAUAUCUGAAGCAAACGAUGAACUGGCCACAGAUGAACAGCUUGACAAACUCAUAAUUGAAAUUCGAGCAAAGUGUUUCAAUGCUUCACUUGCAGUCCGAAAAUUUACGAAUCACUGUCCAUGGUGUUCAAAACAGAAAGAUAUAGCGCUUGUCAGUGCGGAACGUGAAGUCAAUUGGCAGAUAUUUUUUGGUUUAAUUAUGGAUUGA